AUGAGAUACUCUUCAGCCAUUGCCGUAGCUAUAUUCGCUACCUCUGCGCUGGGCAAGACAUGUAUCAAUCAGACUAUUCCGGUUCACAUAUCUGCUAGGCAAGCCGUCUUCGACAUCGCUAUCCCCCAAACAAACGCAGAGGUAACCGACUUCAUUUUGAAUGUAACGCAACAAGGGCGCAACUGGACCGACCUGAUCGUUACGGGCUACGACACCACCGUUGGGACGUACAACAUCAGCACUCAGUUCUGUAUGCCAGACUGCAGUAACAUAACGAACCCCACAGUUCAAGUUCUCACGCACGGAGUUGGCUUCGAUAAGACUUACUGGGACUUGUCAUUCAACAACUACAGCUACAGUUACCUCAACGUCGCUGCCGACGAUUACAAGUACUUUACCCUCAGCUUCGACCGUCUUGGCAUCGCGAACUCAUCACACGGCGAGCCUCUGAACGAGAUUCAAGCCUACCUCGAAGUUGAGGCCACUGCUGCACUCACCCGAAUGCUUCGCAACGGUAGCUUCCCGGGCGUCAACCAGAAAUUCUCCAAGGUUGUCCACGUGGGACACUCUUUCGGAUCGGCUCAGACAUACUCUCUGGCGAAUCUCUACCCAGAGCUCACCGACGGUAUCGUCCUCACCGGCUUCACCACGGACUCGUCGUUCCUCGGACUCUUUAUUGCUGGUGGCAAUUUCCAGCAAGCCAACAAGAAUCAGCCGCUGCGAUUCGGCGACAUCACCGGCGCACAAGUCGACAUGUUUGCAUCCAUGUACGCUGAGGCAUUGCUCGGCUACAUCGCCCCCGUUGAUCUCACGUCUGUGCCGGAGCCCCAGAGGCUUCCCAACGGAUACAUGGUCUCCUCUAACGCAGAGGCCAACAAGUACCUGUUCCUCAAGCCGCAGUACUACGACCCGGCAAUUCUGGCGCUCGCCGAGAAGACCAAGCAGCCCGUCACCCUCGGCGAGCUUCUGACUGUCGGCAGUAUCGUCCCGAAUAACAGCUACACCGGUCCGGUUCUGGCCAUCAGCGGAGAUUCCGAUCUCCCAUUCUGUGGUUCCGACUGCUUGGCCACCGGCGGUGCGGCGGCAUCUAUCCCUGCUCGGGUCAAGACGAACUUCCCCAUGGUCAGCGAGGCCGACUUCGCCUCCUACAUCCAGCCCAACACGGGACACGGCCUCAACUUCCACUACAAUGCCACUGCUGGCUACCAGGUCAUCCAGGAGUUCCUGGCCUCCAAGGGCUUGGCUAGCUCCUAG